CUAAAGUUGUCUGAAUGUUAUGUGAGGUUAUGUGUGGAUCUAAAGUUGUCUGAAUGUUAUGUGAGGUUAUGUGUGGAUCUAAAGUUGUCUGAAUGUUAUGAGAGGUUACGUGUGGAUCUAAAGUUGUCUGAAUGUUAUGAGAGGUUAUGUGUGGAUCUAAAGUUGUCUGAAUGUUAUGUGAGGUGAUGUGUGGAUCUAAAGUUGUCUGAAUGUUAUGUGAGGUUACGUGUGGAUCUAAAGUUGUCUGAAUGUUAUGUGAGGUUAUGUGUGGAUCUAAAGUUGUCUGAAUGUUAUGAGAGGUUACGUGUGGAUCUAAAGUUAUCUGAAUGUUAUGUGAGGUUAUGUGUGGAUCUAAUGUUGCCUGAAUGUUAUGUGAGAUUAUGUGUGGAUCUAAAGUUAUCUGAAUGUUAUGUGAGGUUAUGUGUGGAUCUAAUGUUGCCUGAAUGUUAUGUGAGAUUAUGUGUGGAUCUAAAGUUAUCUGAAUGUUAUGUGAGAUUAUGUGUGGAUCUAAUGUUGCCUGAAUGUUAUGUGAGAUUAUGUGUGGAUCUAAAGUUAUCUGAAUGUUAUGUGAGAUUAUGUGUGGCUCUAAAGUUAUCUGAAUGUUAUGUGAGAUUAUGUGUGGCUCUAAAGUUAUCUGAAUGUUAUGUGAGAUUAUGUGUGGCUCUAAAGUUAUCUGAAUGUUAUGUGAGGUUACGUGUGGAUCUAAAGUUAUCUGAAUGUUAUGUGAGGUUAUGUGUGGAUCUAAUGUUGCCUGAAUGUUAUGUGAGGUUAUGUGUGGAUCUAAAGUUAUCUGAAUGUUAUGUGAGGUUAUGUGUGGAUCUAAAGUUGUCUGAAUGUUAUGUGAGGUUAUGUGUGGAUCUAAAGUUAUCUGAAUGUUAUGUGAGAUUAUGUGUGGCUCUAAAGUUAUCUGAAUGUUAUGUGAGGUUACGUGUGGAUCUAAAGUUAUCUGAAUGUUAUGUGAGGUUAUGUGUGGAUCUAAAGUUGUCUGAAUGUUAUGUGAGGUUAUGCGUGGAUCUAAAGUUAUCUGAAUGUUAUGUGAGGUUAUGUGUGGAUCUAAAGUUAUCUGAAUGUUAUUUGAGGUUAUGUGUGGUUCUAAAGUUAUCUGAAUGUUAUGUGAGGUUAUGUGUGGCUCUAAAGUUAUCUGAAUGUUAUGUGAGGUUAUGUGUGGCUCUAAAGUUAUCUGAAUGUUAUGUGAGAUUAUGUGUGGAUCUAAAGUUGCCUGAAUGUUAUGUGAGGUUAUGUGUGGCUCUAAAGUUAUCUGAAUGUUAUUUGAGGUUAUGUGUGGUUCUAAAGUUAUCUGAAUGUUAUGUGAGGUUAUGUGUGGCUCUAAAGUUAUCUGAAUGUUAUGUGAGGUUAUGUGUGGAUCUAAAGUUGUCUGAAUGUUAUGUGAGGUUAUGUGUGGAUCUAAAGUUGUCUGAAUGUUAUGUGAGGUUAUGUGUGGAUCUAAAGUUGUCUGAAUGUUAUGUGAGGUGAUGUGUGGAUCUAAAGUUGUCUGAAUGUUAUGUGAGGUUAUGUGUGGAUCUAAAGUUGUCUGAAUGUUAUGAGAGGUUACGUGUGGAUCUAAAGUUGUCUGAAUGUUAUGUGAGGUUAUGUGUGGAUCUAAAGUUGUCUGAAUGUUAUGUGAGGUGAUGUGUGGAUCUAAAGUUGUCUGAAUGUUAUGUGAGGUUAUGUGUGGAUCUAAUGUUGUCUGAAUGUUAUGUGAGGUUAUGCGUGGAUCUAAAGUUGUCUGAAUGUUAUGAGAGGUUACGUGUGGCUCUAAAGUUGUCUGAAUGUUAUGUGAGGUUAUGUGUGGAUCUAAUGUUGCCUGAAUGUUAUGUGAGGUUAUGUGUGGAUCUAAAGUUAUCUGAAUGUUAUGUGAGGUUACGUGUGGAUCUAAAGUUGUCUGAAUGUUAUGUGAGGUUACGUGUGGAUCUAAAGUUGUCUGAAUGUUAUGAGAGGUUACGUGUGGAUCUAAAGUUAUCUGAAUGUUAUGUGAGGUUAUGUGUGGAUCUAAUGUUGCCUGAAUGUUAUGUGAGAUUAUGUGUGGAUCUAAAGUUAUCUGAAUGUUAUGUGAGGUUAUGUGUGGAUCUAAUGUUGCCUGAAUGUUAUGUGAGAUUAUGUGUGGAUCUAAAGUUAUCUGAAUGUUAUGUGAGAUUAUGUGUGGAUCUAAUGUUGCCUGAAUGUUAUGUGAGAUUAUGUGUGGAUCUAAAGUUAUCUGAAUGUUAUGUGAGAUUAUGUGUGGCUCUAAAGUUAUCUGAAUGUUAUGUGAGAUUAUGUGUGGCUCUAAAGUUAUCUGAAUGUUAUGUGAGAUUAUGUGUGGCUCUAAAGUUAUCUGAAUGUUAUGUGAGGUUACGUGUGGAUCUAAAGUUAUCUGAAUGUUAUGUGAGGUUAUGUGUGGAUCUAAUGUUGCCUGAAUGUUAUGUGAGGUUAUGUGUGGAUCUAAAGUUAUCUGAAUGUUAUGUGAGGUUAUGUGUGGAUCUAAAGUUGUCUGAAUGUUAUGUGAGGUUAUGUGUGGAUCUAAAGUUAUCUGAAUGUUAUGUGAGAUUAUGUGUGGCUCUAAAGUUAUCUGAAUGUUAUGUGAGGUUACGUGUGGAUCUAAAGUUAUCUGAAUGUUAUGUGAGGUUAUGUGUGGAUCUAAAGUUGUCUGAAUGUUAUGUGAGGUUAUGCGUGGAUCUAAAGUUAUCUGAAUGUUAUGUGAGGUUAUGUGUGGAUCUAAAGUUAUCUGAAUGUUAUUUGAGGUUAUGUGUGGUUCUAAAGUUAUCUGAAUGUUAUGUGAGGUUAUGUGUGGCUCUAAAGUUAUCUGAAUGUUAUGUGAGGUUAUGUGUGGCUCUAAAGUUAUCUGAAUGUUAUGUGAGAUUAUGUGUGGAUCUAAAGUUGCCUGAAUGUUAUGUGAGGUUAUGUGUGGCUCUAAAGUUAUCUGAAUGUUAUGUGAGGUUAUGUGUGGAUCUAAAGUUGUCUGAAUGUUAUGUGAGGUGAUGUGUGGAUCUAAAGUUAUCUGAAUGUUAUGUGAGGUUAUGCGUCUAUGUAUCUCUACUCUGGGUUGUUUUGCUGCAUGCUGAUAGCAUUGAACAGUGACGUAAAUGUUGAUUU